AUUCUAGUUAAAAUUAUCUUCUGAUAUUGUUGGUUUUCUUUCAUAAGGCUACCAGAUUGUAACAUACAUUUGUCUCCUGCAAAUUAAGCAUGGUGCACGUGUAUGGCUGACGAAACAUUGUUAACAGAUUGUACAUAAAGCAGUAACACGAAUACAUGGCUGUCGAACCGAUGUUAUAAGAUUAUACAUUUAGCAGACUUCAAAGACCUGCGGACAGACGCCAUGUGGAGAUACCUACGCCAAGUUCUGCUGUGAUGAGAACAUGGCGAGAAUAGAGUCCGGUCAUUGCUGCUGCAAUUAUGACGGGACAAGCUCCUCUGUGGAAUGUCAAAGCAGCUCAGGCGGCUUCCCAUGGUGGGGCGUAUUCCUUAUUGUACUUUUCAUCAUUGCUGUAUUAGUUGCCGUGGGAAUUGUGGUCUACAGGAAGAAACUUUACUCUAGAUUUUUUUAGAAUGACACAAAUGGUAUUGGCGCUUUUAAACAUAUCCCAAAACUUGCAGAUAUAUUUAUUUGUGUUAUUUGUCGUUAGUUCGAAUGAUCAAUGUUGUGAGUGAAGUACAUAACAGAUAAGGACAGUUAUGCAUGUUUUUUCUGCGGUCAUAUACUUCACAGGUGAAGUAUAGAUUGUUGUUUAUACAAGAUCUACUUGUUUCUACAUAUCGUACUCUUGCUUACAUUUUUACUGACCUUUCAUUGUUGACUUGCUUAGGAUGUUGUUUUUUCAAACACAGUUGGGUGCUCAAUGUGUUGAUUGUUUGUGUAAUGUUUUCCAUGUUUCAGUUUUCGCCAUAUUUUCCCUUCAUUUAAUCAUGUUUAUUGUUACUAGCUCUCUAUUUAUUUCAUUGAGUGGUCACUGUUUCAUACCAAAUAUAUCCUAUUGGGACCGUUUGAGAAAGUGUAUGGUGCAAUUAAAACAAUCGCAUAAGCACAACUAUACUUUACUUCUUUUUGUGAGAACAUACCAGAAAUUAACCGAUACUUUUUGAAUGCAACAUGCGGCAUUUACCAUGUACCAUGUCUUUUGAUUGUUAUUACAAACUAGUAACGCCUUGGCUAUUUAAUAAGUAAAUUGCAUAUGUGUACAAAUGCUAUGCAACUUGCCUUUAAUGAUAAUCUUCGUUUUGAUGUGGUUUCAUUCACUAAUCGUUUGUCAAUAAUAAAAGGACUUGUUCACAAGAGGUUUGUAUUAUUUUACAAUAUUAUUACGCGCUGUUGGAAUUGUGGUUAACUCCCCUGUGACACGAACAUGGAAAAACUUGCUCGUCUUUAAAAUAUAUUUAUGUGAGUGAAUAGUGAUAUUUCGGUGAUUUUGGAAGGAUACGUCGAUUUGGAAAACACUUGGUAACCUUUUUGAGCAUGUAAAUCUACUUAUAUACAAAGACAAUAAUCAGAAAUAUGGCUUUUAAUAUGUCGUUCGUAGUGUAAACUGUGUCAGGGGUGGGCGACGCCAUUUCUAUUCAUUUAAAGUCGUAUACGUGAUCAUUAAAAGCACGAGGAUAUAUGUAUACAAAAGGAGAUUAAGUGAAUGUACACAGACUAUCGCCAAUUACGGUGACUAUACUGCGCAAAAUAGAUAUGGCAAACGUCGAACAACCAGUUAAUCAACUCGACUCAACAGAAAUCGAAGAUGCGAAUAAGAAACGAAAAGCAGCGAGUGUAAGCAGCGUGAGUGAAGCUGACACGAGUGUAGUAGUAGGCGAAACAAAACAAAAGAAUUCGAAGCAGCGUAGAAAGAAAUCAAAAAUAAAUCCAGUUAAGGAGGUUAAAGAUACCAGUGAACAGAGUGAUACAGAGGUAGAAGAUGAAAGUAAUUGGAUGAGAAAAGAAUUGGCGGAAAUCAACAAAAAACUCAGUAAUAUGCUGACCAAGAAUGAUAGUGGGCUAAAAAUCAUGAUGAGAGAACUAAUUAAAGAGAUGAAGGAUGAACUGUUAAAAUCAGUGAUGCACAAAAUUGAAACACUUGAGGGCACCAUUUUUGAAAAACAGCAAGUAAACGACAAGCUCGCAAAUGACGUUAAAAGACUAGAAGAAAAAUUAAAUAACGAAAAAGAAGAGAAGCAGCAAUUAAAAAUGGAAAUGACAAAACAACAAUUAAUACAUGAUGAAAAAUUAAACGAACUCGAACAAUACAGCAGACGUAACAACAUACGGCUAUCUGGCUGUGUAGAUAAAGAAAGAGAAACAGCUGAAGAAUCUGUGAACAUAGUAUUGAAAACACUUAAUGCAAAAAUGCCGACAAUCAAACUAGUCAAGGAAGACAUUGACAUAGCACACAGAGUGGGAAAGUUUGAACAAAAUAAACACCGACAAAUUAUUGUAAAACUGCAAUCCCGGAUGAAGAAGACCCAAAUAAUGCGCGAAAAAAAGAACCUUAAAGGCGAGAAGCUGUAUAUAAAUGAAGACCUGACAAGACCUAACCAAGAGGUGUUUCGAAGUGUACGACUGAAGAGGAAAGACCUCAUACAAUCGACAUGGACCAAUGAAGGCAGCAUAAAAUAUAGAGACUAUCACGACCACGUGCACACACUACACUUCAGUAACUUCAAAUACUGGUUGGCCAUAGAAGUCCACAGAGUAGUUUAAUACUAUGUACAAUUAUAUAUAUUUCUCUAGUUAAGAAAUAGAAUGCCUGUUGUGUUUUUUUCUCCAGUAUACACUCAUGUGAGUUAAAAGCGUAUUACAUCAAGUUGUUUAUACAAUGAGAAACACUCAACACGUUUAAAUAAAGUAUUGUAACUAAGACAACAAAUAAUGUCAAAUAUUGGAAUUAUAUGUAAGCUUUGAAAAUUACAAUCCCUUUAUGACGAUAAGAGUCUGUAGAUGUUUUAAUAUGAAGGUACAUACACUGUAAAAGUAUACACUAAGUUAAAAUUAGCAUACUAUACUUGCAUCACGAGGCGAAAUACACAGCUCCUUUUUUUAAAAUAUAUAAAUCAAAAGUGUAUGUUUUUUUUAAUAAUAACACUAAAUAAAAGCGUAUAAUUUUGUAUGCAAAGUAAAAUGGUGCACAACUAAAAGCAAGUAAGAUUGGUGGUGUGCGGAUGAAUAUGUUUGUGUUGUGUGUGUGUGUUUUUUUAUUCAGAAAGUGCAUGAAAUACAAUACUAGGCUUAAACAAGAAAAGCCGUUGUAACUGGUAAAGUGAUUUUUUUUACCAUACACCCCCAAGGAUAUUCUCACAAUUUCGUUUUCAAUGUGAGAGUAACCUUUGUUCGUUCAUUUUUUAUAGGGCGGGGGGGGUGUUAUUCAUUUAAUCUUAAAAAUAAAAAUAUGCCUGUAUAGUACAUUAAUUAUAUCUUACAUUAAUUUAACAUAUGUCCUUUAUGAACCCUUAGUCAAUCUCACAGUUUUUUUUAUGUAUUUGUUGUUGCUUUUUUUCGAUGUGAGCGUGACAAAUAGGGUUAGCAUAUGUAUUUUGUUAUACAUUUUAAUAAUUGUGUGGAUUUUUAUAAAAACGCAAAGUUAAAUCAACGACAAACUAUUGAAAGGAAAUGUAAAUUGUAACAUUUCCAUCAAAUGCGUAUCUAUGUAUCAAAAGUAUAUCAAAUUUGUAUAAUUGAGAAUAUAAUGAAUAGUACGUACCUUUAACUGUAUAUGAUUUUUCUUUUGAUACAUCUGUGCUAUGUUUAGCCUUUAGUUUAAACCAUACUCUUAAAGAUACCUAUACUAUAUAGUACAAUGUUGCUAAGUUUAUAUAGAAUUGCUUACGCUGUGGUAACUUUUUUAUUUUAUGUGAAUCUUAAUCAAAUAUCUGUA